AUGCGGAUACGUAUAUGGGCAACCUUACCGACUGUUUAUCGAGGCGUAAUCGGUCGCAUCGAUGCUUCUCGUCCCAGCCUGGAAGCCAAGAAGAGUCAACACGACGAACUCACGGUACAAGCCGUCAGCAGCGCGAUCGUACGUCUGACGGGACAGGUGGCCGAUGUCGAGAUCGAAGAUGGUCUUCUACUUGGCAGCACCGGGAUGACACAGUCUUGCCAUUGCGGCCAGGGCUGCGCUGAGACUGCCUCGGACCCCUUGAUGUUCAGUGAAGAAGGCAUAUUGAUCGUAGCAGAAGUGUGUGCUGGGUUGUGGAAAAGGAGUGUGGCAUGUACGAUUGCAAAUUGCCAGGGGGAUCAGGUGAAGGGACCUCCCGAAUCGCGUUUCACCCUCUUACAAAGGUCCUGGGAUCUGUGGACCAAGCUUACUAGUAGAUACGCAAGAUCUCCCUCGGCAGGAGGGCCGGCAUGGACCAGAUCUUGCGCGAAAGGAACGCCUCAUCGAGAUAAAGGGAGCAUCUCCCCAGCCCCGAUGAGGACCUAUACAGGACAAAUGCCCUACUUCCAUCCUCUUCACUUUGCUCUCUUCUGUGUCAAUCAGUAUCCCUCCUACCCUGCACAGUGUCCGACAUUACCACUUUCACGCUGGAUGGGGAUCAUGUUUCCUUUCCAUGUUGAGCUGUUAUUUGUCAGAUCCAUAGUCCAGUUCGAGGCGAUGAUUGGUUCCAGCUCCGUUCCGCCACGCCACAUCUGCCGAGACCCAACUCCAGUCUCGGCCGAGGAUACCGCCGAGGUGAGGAGGACGCAAGAACUCUGCGAAUCGUUCCGUGCUCAGCUGCAGGAACAGGAACUCCUGGACUCUGACCAUGACGGUAUACAAACAAGGCAAGUCUCCGCGUACAGACUGAUCGCGAAGCGUAUAGUUGACAACGAUAGCUUGUGUAUGCUCCGCCUCGAUGACCCUACCGAGUUCAAGCUGCCUUACCGCUUCGGCUGGAAGUCGGCCGAUCCGAAGCACUACAGUGUCAAGCUCUACACCGGCUCAACCAGGGGGGGGAAAAGGUACCAUCGUUUACAAGCUCACCGACCCGUCCGGCUGAUACCGAAUAGAUCUGCUGCAAAGGGGGUCCGACCCGCCACAGCACCUCUCUCUCCUGUUCUCGUGAUCUUCCCCGUGUACACUAGCCACUGA